UCUUCACCAUGAUGCUGUCCUAUUAGCUCAUCGUUCUCGCCUUUGCCACUCGCAAAUUUACAUUUCUCCAAAAACCAGAAGCUAUAAAGCGGUUUCUGGGGUGAUUUUUCCUAUUCUUAUAUAAUACACCUUCUUGCUUUUCUCUUUCAUUUGUAUUCGCUUUACUAUCUUCUUGGGGCUUUUAUAUUGACAGCAUCCAGCUGGUUUUCCGAUAGAUCCUGUCUGGACCGACAAAAUCAGGCCUGUAACAUAUAAAAACCAAACUCCUAUUUUAGUACCUCUUUCACCAUCUUAGCACCAGCAUUAAGCAAUCCGCUACGAUGACUGGUAUCAUUUCGGAAGAGAAAUACCUCUACCUCCCGUCUUCCUCAUCUACCGCCGCCAACACUCCAGCGGCAACUGAAGACAAGCAAUUUGUCUUCCCUGCAAGUGGUCUUUCUCGUGCCACUAGCAAAAUCUCGGAAACGUCAACGGAUGACAAGGAAAAAGAGAAAGAUGAGUUACAGUCUGGUCAGCAGACUCCAGUUGAAAACUACUUGCCGACCUUGGAGUAUGUUCCUUCCCAGAAGGUGGUUUUAUCCAAAAGCAAGAGGAUCUUGCUGGGCACCGUCAUGAUGAGUACCACAUUCGUUGCAUCUGCCACUUUGUCUUCAUCUCUUCUUUGUAUCCCGAACUCUGCAAAGGAUUUGGGUAUCACCGAAUUGCAAGCCCAGUGGAUCAGUUCAGCCUACUCAUUGGCCAAUGGCUGUGGUCUUUUGGUAUCUGGGCGAUUGGCUGAUUUGUAUGGGAGGAAGUGGCUCUAUUUGCUCGGUAUGGCUGCUUUCUUGAUCUUGAAUGUCAUUUCUGGUGUUGUUCGAAACUAUAUCGGUAUUUGUGUUCUUCGUGCCUUCGCUGGUCUUGCUAUAUCUGUUGCCUUGCCUGCCGCGUUCGGUAUCAUCGGUGUCACUUUCGACAGUGAACCCGGAAGGACCAUCGCUUUUGCCACUUUGGCCUUAGGCUACCCUGUCGGCUCUGGACCAGGCAUGAUCAUUGCUGGUGUGAUUUCAAGUAUAAGCGCUCGCGCCUGGCAAUAUGUCUUUUUUAUUCUUGCUGGUCUUUCCUUAUUCCCUGUUGUUGGCGGUGUGUUCUCCAUACCUCCGGAGCCUUCAAAAAAACACAACGGAAACCGACAAGUCGACUGGAUGGGCGCAUUCCUCAUCACUGCUGGUUUGAGUUUGUUCAGUUUCGCACUCACUCAGAGUGGUCUGGUCGAGAAGGGGUGGAGAACACCCUAUAUUCCUGUCGUGCUUGUCAUUUCCAUUCUUUUGAUCGUACUCUACGGUUUCUGGGAGCACUUCGUCGAAAAGAAGACCUCUAUCCCUCCACUUUCAAGGCUAGCCAUUUUCUCUCGCCGGCAAUGGAAGGUCACUGCCAUCUUGGUCGUCUCUUUCUUUGCCUAUGUUCCCAUUGCUGGAUGGAUGUACCUCACAACUAUCUGGUUCCAGAACUACAAACAAGAGAGCGCUCUUAUGAACGCUGUCCACAUCUUACCUGCUCCCAUCGUUGGUGUCAUAGCUUGUGUGCUUGUUCCCCUCCUCGCCCCCAAGAUUCGAGCACCAUAUCUCUUGAUGUUCGGUGGUUUUUCGACUGCUGCCGCCAAUUGGCUCCUUGCCAUUAGACCUGAGGGUGAAAUUUAUUGGGCUCACGAAUUCUUAUCUUGUGUGUUCAACCCCUUUGGUGCCGACUUCACUGUCGGUAUUGGCUCCGUUUUGAUCUCUAACCUCGUUUCUGAGGAUGAACAAUCUCUCGCGGGAGCUCUUUUCCAGACCGCACUUCAAAUCGCCUCCACUGUUGGCGUUUGCAUCUGCAGCCUUAUGCAGACUGAAGUUACUUCCCAGUCAGGCUCCCUUCUCACAGGUCUGCGAGACACGUUCUGGAUGUCUGCUGCUUUCUCUUGGACUUCUGCUAUCAUUGCGUUCAUCACCCUCAGGAAGGUUGGCCUCGCUAAAGAUGUUGGAAAAAAAGAGUAGUACAUCUGGAAGAUAAGCUUUAUAAUACCCCUAUAGGGGAAAAUAUAUCAUAUUAGAGUUAACGGAACGGUGGUUUACGACGCUCAAGGACAAUCAAUUUCGAAACAACAAUUUUUAGAUCAAUCAAUAGACUCAAUAUGUGUUCCCAAAUCCUCAAUAGAUGCUUACUUUUGUUCGAAUCCCACAUAAUAAUCCCAUUGUACGAUACAUAUAAAUGUAUAGAGG